UUACACAUAGACUAUCGGCCUACAUAUCUUCUGUUGUUUAUUACAUGAUAUAACAAUGGCGGACCAAGCUGCACAAGGCAACAGAAAAAGAACCUUCAGAACCUUCAAGUUCAGGGGCUAUGAACUGGAAAAACUCUUGGAAAUGCCUAUGGAAAAUUUUGUCGGUUUGUUAAAGUCUAGGCAGAGGAGGAGGUUCUCCAGAGGUAUCAAAACCAGAAUCCGCACACUUCUUAAGAAGCUUAAGGCUGCCAAGAAGGACCUUGCAUACGGAGAAAAGCCAGAACCAGUUAAGACCCACCUUAGGGACACUAUCAUUAUCCCUGAAAUGAUCGGAUCGAUUGUUGGAGUCUACAAUGGCAAGCAAUACAUCAACGUUGAAAUUAAGCCUGAGAUGGUGGGCCACUACGUUGGAGAGUUCUCCAUUACCUACAAACCCGUCAUGCACGGAAAACCAGGUAUUGGAUCGACACACUCAUCCAGGUUCAUUCCACUCAAGUGAACAUAUGUUCAAUCGAUACAAAUAGCACUA